AUGAAACGAGAUAUCAUGCUGUUUUAUGACAAUGAUUCCAGGAUGUCCUUGAUGAUUAAAACAAUGGAUGAUUUCGAUUGGUGUAUUUUGAUUGAAGAAGUCAAUAAGAGAGAGCAAUCAUGGCAAGAAUUAGGAUUAAGUUGGGAUCGAAAUAGUGGUAACACACAAGAAGCCGUCGAACCUCGUUUCAUUGAGCUGGUAAAAGCUAUUGGAGCUCAUCCAAAAUUAUUGGAGUUGGGAUUUUCUAUGGAUUCUAUUGCACGCGACAAUAAAGUCGAUAUCCUAUUGGAAGCACUCAAAGAUAGUCACUCAAUACAACACUUAAGUAUAACUGCAUAUGAAUUUGAUUUAGAAACAGCACGUGCAUUUGCACAAAUAUUGAUGAAUAAUAAAAAAUUGUUGUCUCUUGAUAUCAGCAAUACCUAUUGUAUUAAUCCUGACGAAAGUUCAGUGGGAGUGAAUGCACAUGAUUUAAUGGAGAAAAUUUUCGAAGCUUCUAAUGAGAAUCAUUGUAUUUGUUAUUUGAACAUCAAUGAGUCACCAACAAAUUAUGUAUCAAAUGCAGAAAAUGGUGAACUCUAUUUAUGGUACUUACGCGAUGAUCAUAUACUUGAAUUAUUUCAUGAAUUGAAGAAGUUCCCCGAUAGAAAUUGGUCAAUAAGAUUGGCAAGCGGCACUCGACUUACAUCUAUCGGCUAUCGUCGUUUACGUGAUAUUUUAUCAUCUACAAUAAAAGUUGUUGAAUUCGAAACUGAAGCAAAUUAUAUGAAUGAGGAAGCACAAGCAAACCUUUUUAGUGGCCUUUGCGCAAGCAAGACACUUCAGCGAUGCACUCUAUUGGUAAGCAAACUUAAUCAUGAAACCAUGGAUUAUAUUGGACGCUUCAUACAGAAUAAUAUGAAACUGGCAACACUCAAUUUGAGCUGUUCUAAAAUAGAUGAUGAUGGUGCUGUCUGUUUGGCCAAAUACUUGCCCGAAAGCAGUUUAAAAGAAUUAGGGUUGCGUUAUACUUUACUUGGAGAUCGUGGUUGUAAAAGUCUUCUUUCUUCAAUUCCAUCUACAUUAACAGACUUGUCAAUCGGAAACAAUAGCAUAACAAUAUCUAGCUUACAAACAAUUCUCACUUUUCUUGCGACAAAUCAAACAUUGAAAAGACUCGAAAUUUCUUGGAAUCCAAUUUUUGGAGAAGAUUAUAUGAAUCCGCGUGAUACUACUGUUUGGCAACAAAUAGUUGAAGCUUCUAAACAAAAUGAUGUUUGUGAAAUUGAUUAA